UACGACUUUUAAAUCAUAACUUAAAGCUUCUAGAAGUUAUUUUCAACCAAUCAAAUCUCCUGGCUCUAACAGCGAAAAAGACCGCGAAAUAAGCAGUUGGAAAAUAAACACACUGGCUGGGAUGCAAGCAAAGUCUAGUUUAAUGUCCAAACGAGGCGAUGCGACAGUCUCUCGUUAAUGAAGUUUAGGAUGUACUUAAGUUACCAACUGUACGAAAUACAUAGAAAUAGAUGACUAAGUGGAAAAUGGAUGCGGCUUUUUCCAGCCCAAGACCAACGCCUCAAUUUUUUCAAGAUCUGCAGACGUUUUCAACGAAAAAGCAAAGAGGAACACCAUCUUGUCUUGCAAUCGACUCCCUGCCUCCCAAACCACCAGUGAAGAGUGCACCUCCUGUCAGCAGAAUCUUCCCCCACAGACCAGUCCAGAGAGCCCAAGUUGUGUCUUUCAGAAGAGAAGAGAACUCAUUCCUGAGCACAAAGUACAAUGAGCACUGCCGAGAUCUCUACUUCAAUCAGUGCUUUGAAAUCAUUUCCAAGCUGGGAGCUGGUUCAUUUGGAGAGGUUUUCAAAGUGCGCAGCAGGGAGGAUAGCAGGUUGUAUGCAGUGAAGAGAUCACAGGAAAGGUUUAGGGGAGAAUCAGACAGGCGCAGAAAGUUGGAAGAGGUAGCCAAACAUGAGAAGCUGCCGCCUCACCCAAACUGUGUCAGGUUCUUCAAGGCCUGGGAGGAGAGGCAACAUCUGUACCUGCAGACUGAGCUGUGUAUGUUAAGCCUGAGUAACUUUGCUGACUCAAAUCAUGAGAUUACGGAGACAACUAUAUGGAACUACUUAGUUGAUCUUCUUAUGGCAGUGAAACACCUCCAUGAACAUAACUUGAUCCACAUGGACAUUAAGCCAGACAAUAUCUUUGUCUCUUUUGACGGGGUCUGCAAGCUAGGAGACUUCGGAUUAGUGCUAGAUUUAUCCAAGAGCCUUGAUAUGUCUGAAGCUCAGGAGGGGGACCCCAAGUACCUCUCCCCUGAACUCAUGGAGGGCAAGUUUGGAAAACCUGCUGAUAUCUUUAGUUUGGGAAUGACAAUGUUAGAAAUGGCAAGUGACCUUGACCUACCACGUGGAGGUGAAGGAUGGCAUAUUCUCAGAAGAGGAAUCUUACCUGAAGAAUUCUUACGAGACAAGACAUUUGACCUGAAGUAUGUCAUCAGUCAGAUGUUGGACCCAGACCCCAAGAGUCGACCCACUGUAGAUCAGCUGUUAGCUUUUCCAUGUGUGCGCAAGGUGUGGAAAAGAAGAAUGAGGGACUACAUGAUCAAAAGUGCUGUAUCUCAAGUGAAAGCGUUCUUCUCCUCAUUCUGGCACGGUUUCCUGUUCCUGGUGUCAAUGCUGUUCUUCCCUGUGACAAGGUUUUUCCCCGCAAGACUUCCCGUAUUUCACUUCCCAGUGACAGCACAGUCAUCCCAUGCAGACCACAGCAUCUCAGAUGAUGACUGUUUUGACGAUUAUGACAUCAGCAUCACCAACAACUCCGUUGCAACACCCCUAGACUGUUCGUCUUCAUCGCAGGAAAGCUUUGCUAUCCCUUUCCACCCAGCACCAAGGCGGGCAUUCACUACACCAGUUCUUAGACAUCGACCAAACAAUGUGCCUACCCCACUCAGCUCUUCACCAGUCGUGCCUUCCAGACAAACGAGGAUUAUCGGGAGUCCGUGUUCUAGCCUUGAGACAAGUAUAGACAGUGACCGAUCACUCACUCCGGUCUAUAACAUCGAAGGGCCCUGUCUGGAGGAUCUUGAAGAAAUUGCAAAGCCAGGCAUUGAGCCCAAAAAUCUUCUAGGGAUGUUCGAGGCUGCCAGUGAUGAGGAGGAUUAGAUGACUUGCUGCUGCUGUUCACACUGCCUACUGAGACCAUGACCAAUUGCCUGCUGUGUUCAUAUGGUGCUGUCUGCUGAUCACUGCCUCUACUGCUGCCUUCUUCACUCCUUCAUUUCUGUGUCUCAUUUACAGAUAAGGAUUCUCCUAAAUAUCUAUCAGUGUGCUUGUGAGUUAAAGCAAUAUUCUCUAAGAAAAAUGAUCAAGUUGACAAGGUUUUGUGCGGGAAUCAACCAUAUGGAGGUAAAAUUUGUGUGUCUGCUGGAUUGGGUGUUGGUGUAUUUAUCAAAACAUAUUUUACAUAAUUAUUAGAAUAUGAAUCACAUUUGGCCAUAUGUUGAAGAUAUGGUGAGUUUAUUCUUAUUCUUAUUAGUGAAAGCAACAUAGAGGCCAGAAUCUUGUCAUUCUCCCUACGAAGAAUUGAAAGGUGAAGUCUUGUUUGAAAAGAAUGUGAAAUAUUAUGUAUGUACAGAUGUUAUUUAAUGAAUGGAUAAUUUAUCUGAUUUGUAGAUUAUACUCAGAAAAUAUGGAAGUGGAGUUGUGUGUAUGAACUAAUUUUGUAAAUGCAUUUACAGUAAAAUCUCUCUUUUACUCAUGUGUUAUAUUGGUCAAAACAGUUCCUUCGUUUUAAGAUGUUUUCCACAGCUUAUCUUUAUCUAAACUGAGAAAAACGUUUCCCUCCUAAUGUCAGUUUAGAUCUGUAUUUCAAACCUGAUGGUAUACAUGUAUGACCUCAGGUUAUACCUUUUUACAGUACACCGACAAGAUGACUUCAUGGGUUUAAGCAGUUGAGAUAUUGAAUGGAAAUUAAUGAUGUUUGUAUAUAACUUUAUGAUAUACUUAAUUAUUCUGUAUGUGUAUAGAUAAAAUGUACAUACGUAGACUUGCAAUUAAUCAACUUAAUGCUAAGUAUUAUCACAACUAUCCAUUUAACGUUAUUAUAAUUCGCUGCCUUCUGUGUCCCUUUUAACAAUGGUAAUCAUAAACUGAAGCAUUUUGUGGCAAUGAUCUACUAAAUUUGAAUUGGUAUUCAUACAUUUGUAGUAAUGUGCAGUGUUCACGAAUGGUGUUUCAAAGUAACCCUGUAAGUUUCAGAGGUCUGUCUGACCCACUGAAAAUUCACAGGACCCAUAGAAUAAAAAUUAAACACACAAUUCAGAUUUAACACUUCUUAUAAGUGGCAUUGAAAUUAUUAACAAACGUAAAAUUUGUAAACAGCAAACAAGUGUGAUGUGUCACAUACGACAACUUCAGUCAAAGUCAUUGUAAAAUAUACAGUCGGACACUGGGGCCGGCAGGUGGUAGACUUCCACCGGACCACCGGCGAAUCUGCCGGAUUUGUCAGAGGGUCAGACGCUAUUCGUGAACACUGAUGUGGUAUGACAUCAAGAUAUAUUGUUACAUCAAUAUCAUGAUAUUCAGUGAUAUUGUUAGUAGCCAGCCCCUGAAGUUUAUGGACUCUGUACAAAUACUCAGUUAAAGUUAAACAGAUCUCAUAUGAUUCCUAUCAUUUUGGUCACUUAGUGAUUACCACUUACCAGUGAGCAUGUCUAGCAUGGGUUGGUAAAGAGGUAAUGAAGUUUGGGUAGCUCAGUACGUGUUAUUUGUUUGGGUUGGUCAAUUUAGUGGGCAGAAAGUAUAUGCUAAUGCAGUAUUUGGAAAGUGUACAGCACAAGAUGCAUUUGAUCCAUUUUAAUUUAUAAGUUCAAAGUUACUCUAAGUUAUGCUUGGAGUUUAUGCUGUUAUUAUUUUAUUUCUGAUUGUGGAGUGGUGGAAUCGGUAAGCCAAGAAAUAAAGGGUCACUUAAGAUUGUACACCAAUUCCAUGAAUGAAGGGAUUGUACCAGCAACAACUGUAUAAAGAAGUGACCUGUAAUCACCCACUGUGUCUUCCUUUAAGGAACAUUUCCAUGUGUUCAUGAAAAACUAGUCACCCUGUAGACGCACACCAGUGUUCUAAAUUGAGCCCAGAAGUCCUGUUUGUUCUUGUCUUAGCCAAGCUAAAAUGUAACCACUUAGGGAGUCCCUAGAUUCAUAUUGCUUCUUGAGAAAAUCUCAUAGAACUCAGGACCCACUUAAUUUUGAGCACUGCACAGUAUAUGAUUGUAUAGAUUUAUAAAUAUGAUAGUUAUUUGUAGUUCUGUAUAUUAUUAACUAUGUAAUCAGUGACACCAGUUUAUAUUGUGUUAAUACACUAUGAUCGGGAGGCUUUAGCUUUACUGACACUGUUUAAUGUUGGCCUUGUAUUGUGUGCUUUGCUUUAAGCCACAAGAGUGUUCUAUGUGCUGAUGCCUCUUUUGUCAUAAGUUUGCCUUUGGAGAACACUAAAUUGUUUCUCCUUACGUUUCUGAUGGCAUACCAGUAGUUUUGAAAGGUAAGCUUUCAGCAUUAUCAAAGAUUCACAGUUCAUAUCAGCCUGUAUGGAAAAGUGACUUUCAUCAGAAAUCUAUCAUAAAUAUAUUUCUUUUUCUUCAUCAUUUGCUCCUGUUGGUUGGUGGGUGUGUGAGUUUGGUGAGGGUGAAGGACUGGUAUUUAGCCACUAGCUUCUGACAAACAAGGAAGUACAAGUUUCUGUCAGCUGAUAUGUGUUUGAAAGUAUCUAGCCUGGUCCAGGGAAUGUAACAUGUUGAUUCAUUUAAGUCAAAAUCAACAAUGUCAAUUAUAGAGUGAGUUAUCUUUUUAUCCAACAUGUAAUUUAUCUGACAGGUAGCUAAAUUUCAGAAUUCAUGAAAGUGAAACAGUAGCAUGCAAAAUAUUUGAAAAAGCUAUUUAAGCUAACAGAAUUAUUGGUAAAAAUGCCAGCAGUACCAAGUUCUUGUGCUUGACUCGGGCAUCAAGUACUACCACAACAUCGAAUGACAGGGAACGAAGACAUCGAAUAGAUGGAAUCGCUGAAAUAACUGCAGAUUUGUGUAAUAGUGGACACUUUGAUAAGGUAUGCCCAUCAAACAAUUUGAUAAGGUAGUUAACUGUUGUGAAAUUUUGUUGUUUUAGAUUGGCAGUAAAUUAUCGUAACAUUUGGCAUCAUUUUUAAUAUUCACUAAACCACAACAGUUACUUUGGCAAUGAAGUAAUUUUUCCUCAGCAGAUUACAGAUAUUCAGUGUCCCAGCUCAUAGCCCUGAGCACAUGAAGAUUUUGUGAAUCCUGGUCUCUAUGUCAGCUAUGUGUAAUAUUUUUCCCUAGUAUGUGUAUAUUUAACUCUGUUCUACCUGUUGCUACAUUUUAAUUCACUUGUGCCAAAAUAGAUGUAUAAGUUUUAAUGGACAAAAUACUACUUAAUCAAGCAAAGAAUAGUACUUGCAUUUCUAUUUCUAAUUCACUGAUAUAUUGCUGUGUACAGUGUAGUCAGUAGGUGAUAGUUGUUAUCACAAUAUGUAACAAUAUUGGCUAGUACUUCUUUGGUCGUUUGUGACCUUUGAUAACCUUUCUGAUAAAAGCCGGCUAACGGGAGCGAAUGGUUAUCCUCGCUGACUUGGUUGACACGUCAUCAUAUCCCAAUUGCAUAGACUGAUGCUUAUGAUGUUGGUCUCUGGAUUGUCUGGCCCAGGUUCGAUUAGUGUGAAGCCCAUUUCUUGU